CAGAAAAAAGGCAAAGAAGAAGCCGAAAAAGAAGAAGAAGGAAAAAGAAGAAGAAAAACAAGGGCGACAUCUGGCUGCUCCACACCUGACUUCAUUGAAUGAGGUUUAGCACCACUUAGUUUUGGUUCGUACCGAAUCCAAAAAUACAUCGCUCGAUACUAAGUCGGAGGCAGCUGGACCUUUAUAUAAAUCUGCGGGCUAAGGGUGACGAGCUGGCGCAGGUCGUGGGUUGUUCGUGGAUAAUGCGAGACAGUGGAGGUAGCCUGGCCCAGAACCGCUGGCAGGGAGAUCUGGGUCUGACUGCUGUGGGGCAGGACGACACAGGAGGAGGUGGGAUUCCUGGAGACCACCUCAUAGUCCCAGUGUCAGGCCACAGUGUUUCCAGCCCCAUGCACCUCAGAUUGGGGCAGAAAGAAAAAGUGUGGACAGGCGAGUAUGGAGACGAGGAGGAAGACGGGAUGGGCAGCAUAGAGGCCAUAGGUGAUGAGGAAGAAGUGAACAAUCUGGAUGGGAAAGAAAUGUGUGAGUUUGAAGGCAAAGAUUGGGAAAACAACGACGAUGAAGAAGAGGUAGACGAAGACGGAAACCGGGAGGAUGUGGAGUGGGAGAUUCCAGAUUUUCCCUUCCAGUCCAGCGACUACCCUCAUUCACAACAACACCAACAUCAUGGACCACAACAGAAAGCAGAAAAAGUUGGUGUAGCCACUGUAGAGGAUGCCAUCUCCCAGGCAGAAGCAGGGGACUUGUUUAGGUCCCACCUCAGUAGGUACAAUGCACUGAGGAGGCUCAGGCGCUUGCAGCGUUUGCGAGCCCGUGGAGGCCAUGGAUUUCGACUCGCCCAGCACUGGAAGAGCUGGCGCCAGAGAGCCCGGUGGAUAAGCUCACUAGGACAUCGACGGAGCCGGCGAGGGCAAAGGCACAAACUGUACGGCAAGCAGAGGAGGAUAAAAAGCUAUCAGCGGUCAUCAUACAGUGAAGAAGAGGAUGAUGGCAACGACAAACAGUACAUCAUGUCGGAAAGAGCAGAAAAGCAGAUAAAUGGGUCUUCUGCAGACAAGCAAGAGGAGAGAGUAAGACGGGAAGUGGAGGUCAAACCAGCGGAGUUGGCCCUAACUGAGGAGCAUACAAGUUGUGUGAGUGGUAUUCUUGAAGAGUCUCUACAGCAGUAUGGCAGUUUAAUCCCUAUCCAUGUGGAUGACAUCUUGGAGAAACUUCAGGACAUCUUCAGCGAAAGCUUCUCACAGCCACACAGGAAAGCAGUGGUCCAACAUCUAAUACAAUCCUUCCAGCGCUCGUCUGGGUCAGCCAUGGCUAAAACAUUCAGAGUCAACUACAAGCGCCAUGUUCUGACAAUGGAUGACCUGGGCACUCUGUAUGGACAGAACUGGCUCAACGACCAGGUUAUGAACAUGUAUGGUGAUCUGGUCAUGGACUCUGUGCCAGAGAAGGUCCACUUUUUCAACAGCUUCUUUUAUGAUAAGCUGAGGACUAAAGGCUAUGAAGGAGUGAAACGGUGGACAAAAAAUGUCGACAUCUUUCAGAAGGAUCUGUUGUUGAUCCCCAUCCACCUAGAGGUCCACUGGUCGCUGGUCAGUGUAGACAUUCCUCGUCGUGCCAUCACUUACUUUGACUCUCAGCGGACCCUCAACAGACGCUGCCCAAAGCAUAUUUUUAAGUAUUUGCAAGCCGAAGCCAUCAAAAAAGACCAGCAAGACUUUUUGACGGGAUGGAAAGGCUUUUUCAAAAUGAAUGUGGGUCGUCAGAACAAUGACAGUGACUGUGGAGCUUUUGUGCUACAGUACUGCAAGUGUCUGGCGCUAGGACAACCGUUCGGCUUUGGCCAGCAGGAUAUGCCCCGACUCAGGCGGCAAAUGUACAAAGAACUGUGUCACUGCAAGCUUACCCUGUGACCUGCUAUCCCCACCCACCCUUUUCCACCUGCUCCCUCCCUUAACCCUAACGAGACAGAGGGACAGUGAUACAACAAGAAGCAGACGAGUGAAGCAAACGAUUGGCUUCAAAAGGAGAGACUUCAAAAAAAAAGAAAAUUCUCUGCCCACAUCCAGAGGAGUUACUUAUACAGUAUGUGAUGUCAUUGUUUCACUUUGUUUUGUCUGUCGUUGCUUCCCUCUCUUCACCCUUUGAAAACUCUGAUUUAAUUUCCAAGUCAUGGUUAUUCCUUUGUGGUUGACAGAGGCCAAGACUAGCUUCCUUUUUGGGAAUGUGCUAAUUAUCCAUCCUAUCGUUGUCCACUUAUUUUUCAGUCUGAAUGGGAGCAUGAAAAAUAUCAGGAAGGUAUGGAAACAAUUCAGGCCACAGUUAAGUACAACCUGACCUCUACUUUCGUGUAACCUGCCUUGAACAUUGAGCGCAGAGGUAGCAUGGGGUGAUGGCAAAAUGUUUUGGACCAAUCUGUGUAAACUUGUGGUUAAAUGGUACCAGUGAGUUUUAUUUUUUUUCAUCCAUCCAGUCCAUGCUCUGUCAACAUCAAUAACAAAUACUGGCACUGAAAAUAAAAUACUCCAUGCUACAGGCUGUUAUUCGGAUGAUGUCAUCUGUUUAGGGGCAGUUUCCACCAGUUUGUUUAACUGGAUUUAAACUCAUGCUGGAAUUAAAGCUUAGAAUGCGUCGUUAAUGCUGCCAGGAAAUGGAUUUUCUUGUGUAUUUUCCAAAGGGGCAUUCGAACGUCCACAUCCAUGUAGCACAACACACAUUGGCCCAUAUGCCAGUAACUUCUCUGCCUCUGCCUCACGCUCCAGAAAUACAAAUUCAACGACUACACGGAGGAGAAAGGAUCUACAUCUGAUGCCGCCCAAACAAGCAGAAUGACAUAUUGGCCCAAAAAAGGGGGAGUCUUUACAUUGCUUCUAUCUUUUUAAUGUGUUUUAUUGCUGUCAGUAAAUGUGGUGAUAUGCUUAUUGCUUUAAACAAUUGGUGUUCAAAGAGGACUACGGAUUUUUUUUUUUUUUUUUUGGAGUAGGUACAAAACAGAUCUCCUGGUUAGUAUGUUUUUGAAAAAGCCAUUUUGGUGAGGACCACAGCCGCGACACAGCAGGCACAGUAUGUCCACAAUGGAGUUAAUAAUCUCUUCUUUUUAUAAUAAAAGACACAUUUGUGGAUAGCUCUGUGUUUUUGUUUUUGCUUUUUUUUUUUUCCUUUUUCUUUUCAGGAGUUGAUGCAACAGAAUUGACAGUUUUAUAUAUCUUCUACAAUGCAUUAUGGUUGCUAAAAAUAAAAAAUACGUGGCAAACGA